CCCCAGCUAGGUACGCCCCCCUCAAUCUUUCUCUCUCUCUCUCUCUCUUAUUCAUGAAUGCAAGGGACGAAAGACACCUCCCCUUCCCUCUUUCGAACUGCAUGCAUUUAUGAUUCUUGACUCCUUGAACUGCCCCUACUCAUUUCCUCCACCUUCAAACUAAGAAAGUUACAGAACAGAAGUCGAAUCGUCUUUCUGAAGCUCUCUUCUGGAGAGAAGCAAGAAGCAGAGGAGGCAACCAUUUUCGCCGGUACUCAACCCUCCGAGGCUGUUCAGUUGCAGAGAAAUUGCUCCAUGGCAGGGGAACAACUGCAAGUCCUAAACGCUCUCGAUGUGGCCAAGACGCAAUGGUACCAUUUCACGGCGAUCGUGAUCGCCGGCAUGGGAUUCUUCACCGACGCGUACGACCUCUUCUGCAUCUCCCUCGUCACCAAACUGCUCGGCCGCAUCUACUACACGAAGCCGGGCUCCCCCACCCCAGGAAGCCUCCCCUCGAACGUGGCGGCCGCGGUCAACGGCGUCGCCUUCUGCGGCACCCUCACCGGCCAGCUCUUCUUUGGCUGGCUCGGUGACAAGAUGGGCCGGAAGCGAGCCUAUGGCAUGACCCUCAUGCUCAUGGUCCUAUGCUCCAUCGCCUCGGGGCUCUCCUUUGGCCACAACCCGACAGGGGUCAUGGCCACUCUGUGCUUCUUCAGGUUCUGGCUCGGGUUCGGCAUCGGAGGGGACUACCCUCUCUCGGCCACGAUCAUGUCCGAGUAUGCCAACAAGAAGACCCGGGGUGCCUUCAUCGCCGCGGUCUUCGCGAUGCAGGGUUUCGGGAUUCUGGCGGGCGGAAUGGUCGCCAUCAUAGUCUCCUCGGCUUUCGAUUCGAAAUACCCUGCUCCGGCGUACGAAGUUGACAAGGCGCGCUCCACCGUGCCUGAGGCUGACUACGUGUGGCGGAUCAUCCUGAUGUUCGGUGCCCUCCCUGCUCUGCUCACUUACUAUUGGCGCAUGAAGAUGCCCGAGACAGCCCGCUACACAGCCCUGGUCGCCAAGAACGCCAAGAAGGCCGCUGCCGACAUGUCGAAAGUCCUCUUUGUCGACCUCGAGGUGGAGCAAGAGAAGGUGGAGCGCCUGUCCCGGGAGCAGAGGAACGACUUCGGCCUCUUCUCAAGGCAGUUCCUCCACCGCCACGGCCUCCACUUGCUUGGGACGAUGAGCACGUGGUUCUUGCUCGACAUCGCCUUCUACAGCCAAAACCUAUUCCAAAAGGACGUCUUCAGUGCCAUCGGGUGGAUCCCCAAGGCAAAGACCAUGAACGCGAUUGAGGAGGUAUUCCGGAUCGGCCGGGCGCAGACCUUGAUAGCCCUGUGCAGCACGGUCCCUGGGUACUGGUUCACCGUGGCGUUGAUCGACCACAUGGGUCGGUUCGCGAUCCAGCUGAUGGGCUUCUUCUUCAUGACGGUGUUCAUGUUCGCCCUGGCGAUCCCGUACCACCACUGGACGCUGCCCGACCACCGGAUCGGCUUCGUGGUCAUUUACUCGCUCACCUUCUUCUUCGCCAACUUUGGGCCGAACGCGACCACGUUCGUGGUGCCUGCUGAGAUAUUCCCGGCGAGGCUCCGGUCGACGUGCCACGGGAUAUCGGCGGCGGCUGGGAAGGCCGGGGCGAUGGUGGGGGCUUUUGGGUUCUUGUACGCGGCUGACGGGAUCGGCGUGAAGAAGACACUGAUCAUACUUGGGGUGAUCAACUUUUUCGGCAUGGUGUUCACGUUGCUGGUGCCCGAGUCCAAGGGUCGCUCGCUCGAGGAAAUGUCCGGCGAGAACAAGGGAGAAGAUGAACCUGAGUCGAGCCGUCGAGAUGGUGUGUAAAAAAUUAGAACAGAGCUUCGGUUAAACUUAACUAAUUAGGUCUCUACUUUGAUAUAAGCUUAAGAAAUUAUGUACUCAAUGAAGGAAGUGGCAAGAUAGUCGUCGUGGUUUUAUUUUUAUGAGCUUAUGAUGAGGAAGUAAUAAAUAAUGUAAAUAUUUGGCAAUUUCUUAGCCCUUUUUCGAAGCAUGAUGCAUUACAUGUGCUCCUUGAAACGAAA